AUGAUUCUCGAGCCAGCCGCUAUGGAGAUCUCUUGCCUUGAUUUGGACGAUUUUUCUAUCCUCGACGGCGUUCCUGUUGUGCCAGCCACGGCAUUCUCUUCACCAGGAAUGUCUAGUCGGUAUGAGCCGACCGGCAGUGCCUCCAGUUCUGUGACGAACGUUGGGACCGUAUCGCCGCAUGAUCUUCUUGUUCAUGAGCCGUACAUGUCGGCGCCUAAUUCAUCUGCGCUGACCGCGCUGACCUCUCCGUCAAUGUAUGACGGAUCGCCCGACGAACGAUCCAUUCAAUAUGUCGCCUGGUUUUGGCGGUUCGAGCCUACUUCGGUGACGACUCCGGAAAAUGAGAGUGUCACACAAGAGGUCAAUCUCAAAAAGCAGAAGAGUGGAGCUUCUCCAACCGGGCGGCACUCUCUAAUUGCGGGCGUGAAUGCGCGAAGGCGGGAGAAGCCGCUACCGCCGAUAGUUGUGGAUGAUCCAUCAGAUGUUAUAGCGAUGAAGCGAGCGCGGAAUACGUUGGCCGCACGGAAGUCUCGGGAGCGCAAAGCGCAGCGUCUGGAGGAGCUGGAGGAGCGUAUUGCUAAGUUGGAACAAGAACGUGAUUACUGGAAAGGUAUGGCGGAGGAUCGUCAGGCGUCUUCAUAA